ACGAAACUGAUCUCAGAGAGCUGCUCUCUCUCAGACUAGAAGGGCAGGAAAAUGGCCAGUAUUUCAGUAGAUCACGACCAGUUCAGCUGUCCAGUCUGUCUGGAUCUGCUGAAGGAUCCAGUGUCUCUUCCUUGUGGACACAGUUUCUGUAUGGUGUGUAUUAAUGGCUGCUGGGAUCAGGAGGAUCAGAGGGGGGUCUACAGCUGCCCCCAGUGCAGAGAGACCUUCACUCCAAGGCCUGUUCUACGCAGAAACAACGUAAUGGCUGAAGUGGUGGAGAAACUGAAGGAGACAGAACUCCGAGCUGCUUCUCCUGCUCCCCGUUACGCUGGACCUGGAGAUGUGGAGUGUGAUUUCUGCACUGGGAGAAAACUCAAAGCCAUCAAGUCCUGUCUGACGUGUCUGGCCUCCUUUUGUGAAACUCAUCUUAAACCUCACUGUGAAGUUCUUGGAUUGAAGAAGCACAAGCUGGUCAAAGCCUCCUCACAGCUACAGGAGAAGAUCUGCUCUCAGCACGACAAACUGAUCGAGAUCUACUGUCGUACUGACCAAAGCUGCAUCUGCUAUUUGUGUAUGAUGGAGGAACACAGAGGUCACAAUACAGUCCCAGCUGUAACUGAGAGAACCGAGAAACAGAAUCAGCUGAAGGAGAUUCAGAGUAAAUUCCAGCAGAGAAUCCAGGAGAAGCAGAAGAAGCAGCAGGAGCUGAAACAGACUGUGAAGACUCUUAAGCGCUGUGCUCAGUCAGCAGUGGAGGACAGUGAGAGGAUCUUUACUGAACUGAUCCGCUCCAUUGAGAAAAAGCGCUCUGAGGUAGCAGAGCUGAUCAGAGCUCAGGAGGAGGCUGAACUGAGUGGAGCUGAAGAACUCCUGGAGAAACUGGAGCAGGAAAUCGCUGAUCUAAAGAGGAGACACACUGAGCUGGAGCAGCUUUCACACACAGAGGAUCACAUCCAUUUCCUCCAGAGUUUCCAGUCUCUCUGUGUCUCUUCUGGAUCUGAGGACUCACCCAGCAUCACUGUCCAUCAACACCUCUCAUUUGAUGGAGUGAGGAGAUCUCUCUCUGAGCUGAAGGAGCGACUAGAGGAGUUCUGCAGAGAGGAGUUCAGUAAAAUCCCUCCACAUGCUGCAGCAGUUCAGAUUUUAUCCUCAGAACCAAAAACCAGAGAAGAUUUUCUGCAGUAUUUCUGUCAGCUGACUCUGGAUCCCAACACAGCGUAUCGUUCCCUCAUUCUGUUUGAGAAGAACAGAGUGGUGAUAUCCAGUAAUACAUUCCAGUCAUACUCUGACCAUCCAGAAAGAUUUAACUACUGGCCUCAGGUGUUGUCUAAGGAGAGUGUGAGUGGACGCUGUUACUGGGAGGUUGAGUGGAGCCGUGAGGGAGGAGCUGUGUACAUAUCAGUCUCAUAUAAAGGGAUCAGCAGGAAAGGACGGGGUAAUGAUUGUUUGUUUGGACGCAACCGUCAGUCCUGGAGUCUGCAGUGUUCUCCGUCUCUCAUUUUCUGGCACAACAACAUUCAGACUGAGAUCUCAGGACCAUCAUCCUCCAGAAUAGGAGUGUAUGUGGAUCACAGUGCAGGAACUCUGUCCUUCUACAGCGUCUCUGACACAAUGACCCUCCUACACACAGUCCACACCACAUUCACUCAGCCGCUCUACGCUGGGUUCACCUUUGGUGGUGCUGGAUCAUCUGUGAGAUUAUGUGAUAAAUAAUAAUUUAUCUAUUAAAUAUGAUGGUUACCCUAUAGAUACUGUAAUGGACACCUAAUACACUACACUAAUAGCUUUGGCUCCACAGAGUCUCAGUUACCACCAUAAACUGGAUUCAGAACGCUCACAGAUUUUAUGGUUUGCAGCUCAUGUUAAGAACCAGGCCCUGACCUCUGGGGGGCCAACCCCCAAUCACUAACAAUGGGGCCAUUAAAGACUCUCUCUGGACACAGCAGUAUGGCUGGACCAAAACUCUGUGAGUAACAGAAAACCAAAUUUCAGAAACUCAUAUCAACUCCAAACGUUAAUCACUCAUCCUGGUUUGAUACAAGAAGACUGGAGAGACCAAACAUAAAGUUGUUGCGACAGAUUGUUAUGAAACCGUAUCUCUUAUCUUUGAAUUGAAUUUCCAACAUGGACCAACAGCUCCAUCAAGUGGCUGGAAUAAGAUGUGUCACACCAUUGCAAAGCCAUCCCAUCACUGAUUAAAAGACCUGUAAUUUCACAUAUAUCUGCAUGAUGUUUAAAACGUCCUGUUGUUUGUAAGCGAUAUUCAUUUUUUAUGCUACUAAUUCCUUAAACGUGUAUCUCCUGUACCAGUAGAUGUUAAGAGUACAGAAUGUUUGUCGCCUUGUUAAUCUUACACAUGUAAUCAUUUUCUUGUAGUAAACCUCAGAGCUCAAGUAUGUAAACCUGAACACAUAUUUUUCUUUCAUUUUUGUUUUCUUUUGUUCUGGUUUUGUUUUUGUUUAGUUAACAAUAAUAUUGUGGUUGCACUACUUGUAACAAACAAUACUCAGAUAACACACAGAGUGCAUGCUCAUGCCUUUUAAUAUGUGUGUUGGUUCCAGGUACCUUGGGUUCAAACUGUCUAUUAUGAAACAUAAACAGAUAUCCUCUUU